UUACUUACUACGAGCCCUUUCGUCACUUAUCGCUAGCGAAAACGGCACACAGAUAGCGCGAUAGAGGUCCGGGUGCCGCUGGGAGCAACGCCGCGUCGGGCCGCGUGAGUCUCGGUAUCAUCACCACGACCGGGGGCUCCUCGGAUGCAGUGUAACCGGGCUGAUAACGGAAUUGCGCCCCGGGGUCAAAUUCGUACGCGCCACUAAUCGUGUCCUCUCAUCUCGAAACGCUCCAGCUUCCCGCAAGAGUGCGGCCAUCCGUUCCAGUAAGCUUGUCGGUGUCGUUCCGUUCGGUUCUCUGAAACAACCGGCCGCAACAUGGUGUUGUUGUUAUGUCACGUCCGCCAGACAGGCCGGUUAGCUAAACUGAUCGCCGGUAACCAGCGCCGAUUAUUGAGCGCCACCAGUGUUGCGCUGAAAGAGCGGCUGUUCACGGACAAACAUGAAUGGGUGUCGGUGGACGGUGGAGUCGGCACGGUCGGCAUUUCGAACUUUGCACAGGAGGCACUCGGCGAUGUGGUGUUCGCACAGUUGCCCGACCCCGGAACUAAGUUAUCGCAGAAGGACGAGUGCGGCGCGCUAGAGAGCGUGAAGGCGGCCAGCGAAAUCUAUUCGCCCGUGUCCGGUGAGGUGACGGAAAAGAAUGCAGGCGUCGAAGAGACGCCCGGUCUGGUGAAUUCUUCGUGCUACGAGAAAGGUUGGUUGUUUAAGCUGAAGCUAACGAAGCCGGACGAGCUGAGCAAACUGAUGAGUGAAGAGCAGUACACGGAAUUCCUCAAAAAUGCUGCCCACUAAAAGGUGAUGUAGGGGACCGGUGCUGACUCCCCCCCCGUCGCCCGUUACCGUUAAGUACUAUUGUAAUGCUGAUUGAUGAUAGUUGGUGGUUUCAUUUGCGAACCGAAUAAAUGGGACACUGU